GAGAGCAGUGAGGUGGAAACAUGGUUAAGCACGAGAGACUAAAAUAGAGCAAUAGAGCAGUCAAUUAGGCGGAGACGAAAACUCCUUGACGGAGGCUGUGAAUGUUCCUUUUCUUCACAGUGUGUGGAUGUGAGAAUCUCAUGGAUCUUCUCCUUGUUUUGUGAUGCGGGAAUCCACGCGGGCCUGUGACACUGGAAGGAUGGAUCCAGCAGCACUGACCCGGAUUGUGGUUGCUGCGAUGUGGACGUGCCUCACCGAGCAUUCCUCUGCUGACAUCCAUCUGCACUAGCAAGGACAAACUCCUGGAAGAAAUGUGGAAACAGCGGGACAGUCUUGCAGGGCCUAAAGCUCCAGAAGAAGAGAUGUCUACUUCUAUAGAGGCCAGUGGUGGUUCGCAGGAAAACAAAAACAGCAAUUCUCUGAUAGAACAACUCCGAGCUCUGGAGGCAGAGAACUCUGCUCUGUCCUUGGAGAAUGACAACCAAAGGAAGCAAUAUGAGCGCUGCCUGGAUGAGGUUGCCAACCAGGUCAUCCAGGCUCUCCUUACUCAAAAGGACUUGAAAAAAGAAUGUGUGGAACUGCGCACACGUGUAUUUGACUUGGAGCAGCAGAACCACAUACUGAGUGUGUUUUUUCAACAACAAAUGAGAACGUCCCAGAAUCUUAUUCCGAAGGAAGUCGAAAGAAAUGGAAAAGCCAGUAUUGCUGCAGAACGGUGGCCCGGUCUUCUGAACCUAAUAUGCCCACACGAUAUUGAAAGUGGCGGGGAAAUGUUACUAUCUCACACUUGCAGUGAAUACUCCAGUGGCUACCAUACAUGGACAGAGGGACUACGUUUUUCCAAACAGCAGACUGCCUUUGGAUGGAAGGAAGAACAUACUCUUAAAAGCCUUCAGAUGAGCAACCCCAAAGAUCAAGCUUACCCUGCAUCUGUGCCACAUUGCAACGAUUUCAUGGCCUCAAAUGACAACAUUUAUUCACUUGGUGUCAAGACCAACCCACUGAAGACGACAUCAAAACAAGCAGACCAGACAAACAAAAAUGUCAAAGGUGGGAUUGCUGCCAUUGACUCUGAUGGAAGUAGCAAAGAUUUUUAUACAUCACAAAACAACUUAAUGUUUAUGGGAGGCCCAGCAAUGCCAAUCAGUGAUAGCCCAACAACAAGUUUUACACAGCCUGAAGAAAACAAUGAAAGGUCACGAGAAGAAUAUAAAAACUCUGGCAUAAUAUUAAAUAACAGUAACAAUAAUCAAGAAAGAUCUACCGACCGUAAAUCCCGACUGGAUCACAUGAAAAGACAAACGGGCACAUCUUCAGUUGAGGGUGAAGCAAGGACAAGCGAUUCAAACAUAGUAAUUCAACAUUCUGCAACAAGAGCUUUGAUUUGUGUGAGCGAAGCAAGGCAACGCAGCUCUUCAGUGGAAAUUGUUCAGUGCAGAAACCAAUCAAACCAGGACCAUGUGAUUUUGAAAUCUCCACAAAAAAAAAAAAAACCUAAACCUCUUCUUAAUGACUCAGCAAGGAAGGCGUUAAUUAUUCGUAGCAAAAGUGCAGAUGGAGCAGCAGAAAGGCAUAAACGUGUUCAUUUUCCUUUACAUCAGAAUCUUAUAUGGGCACACAAAUCCAAAGGACACUCCAAUGCACCUGGACACAGUGCUUCAAACAAAAUGUCAAAUUAUGCUAAAUUGCAUGGGUCAAGUACUGAAGUUGAAAAUGAUGGAAAUAUUGCACAAUCUAGUUGCAAGUCUCUGGAGCGUAUACAACAACCUUCUCCUCUUGCUUCACCUGUUAGACAUUCUUUAGCAUCAAAGCCUCUUGUGAGUGAAGAUUGUUCUAAAAAUCUAUCGAUAGAGUUGCAAUUAGCCAGAGCUCCAUCUAGCAGUGACUGUGUUCAAAAAAGGACCUAUGAUAAUUUACCCUGUGCUCCUACACCACCUGAAGAAAAGCUUUCUGAUGUUUUUUCUUCAGAACAUCUUUUUUCAUUGCCACCGACACCCCCCAGUCGGACAACUUCACUUCUGCGCAGAACUGCUUCUUACUCUGUAUGCACUAAUCCAUCUGCAGUUCAGUCUCAGAAUGGAAAGACAAGCUACAGCAACACCAAAUCACAAGCAGGUCAAAUCCCUUCAGAUUUACAGCUUCAACUGACCAACACUGCACAGAACAAUCAAUACUUACCCACGCAAUUGGAUUUUGAAACAUGUUAUGCUAAAAAAGAGACCCCUGCACAUUCUUUCAAAACUCCCUCAUCAAGGAUGUCAGUCAUUCCAGUUCAAGACGCCAAGUUAUCAGUUGAGAGAACAGUAAUAUGUCAUAGUGGAGAUAUUUCUGCUUCUAUAUUAUCAGGUCAGAAUAUCUUAAACAGAUUUCAGGAGAGCAUUAGUGAGACUAAACUUUCCGAAGUUUUGCCUCAGACCCUUCUAAAUACCUACUACCCCAGUGUCACUAAUAACUGUCAGAGUUCCACAUCCAGUUCCGUAGAAAUCCCUCUUAAUGUAAAAUUUCAUGCUUCAAUUGACAAAGAUGACGCAAUCGCGUCUAUUAAAGGCAUCCAGACAUUUCAAACUUGUAUUCGUGAACCGCAAAUGACCCAUGAAUAUGGAGCUCAUAACAAAGCCCAAAGCAAGAUUGAGACUCGCUGUAAUUCUCUGAAUUCUGAGCCUUGUGGUCCUCGCAUUACUUCAGACAGUGGCGUGAUGUUAGAUUGGGGCUUUGAUGAGGAAGGCUGGCUGUUCAAACGGUCAGUCUCUGUGUCAGACCGACCCCCACUAAAGCCAGUAUUGGGCAUGAAUGGGGCCAAAGUUCGAAGCAAGAGCUUUGGUGCACGCUACAUGGAUAGACCGAGCUUUAACCGAUCAGGGAAACUCCACAACCAAAUCAAAACACAUUCAGGGAGCUCCUUGAACUCUUUUGUUGACGUACUCCCAGAAAGUAUGAGCUGCUCCAGUAGCUAUAAUUUCCCAGUGAACCGAUCUCUUUUGAACCACUUCCUAAUUGAAGAAGGCCUGGCAGUUCCUUCACAUGUGGGAUUGUCAAGUGAAAGACUUCCAAGUCUCAAACACCAACGUGAACAGACAAUCAGACGCCUUCAGAUUGAGCAACAAUUUUCAAACGCAUUUGGGGAACUGGUCUGUGAAGAACCAAAGAGACAAUGUAAAAUCACCACAAUAGAAGAAAAGGUCAUGCUGGGCAUUGAAAAUAACUUGCAAAAGUCUCAGGAACAGGAGAGAAGCAGUGAAAUGAAGCAAAGUUCUGCUUCAACCCUGGCCAGCUGGUUUGGUUUCCGUAUUGGUAAACUUCCUGUUCCAAGCAGCAAGAAGAUGGAUGCACCAAAGUUAAAAGAAGGCCGAAAGGAUCAAAGGAUUACAUCACUUCUUGGAGGAAAGCAGACAAAAAUUGACAAAAAGAAGGACAGGAAAAAAAGCGAUAGAAAAGACUGUUCUGUAGGAAGGAGAGAGUCACAUGAUGCAGUACGGGCAUGCAUCUCUAUGCAUCUUAACGAGACACCAGGGCAAAAUGAUUUGAUCAUUGGGGACGCACAGAUGAUGAACCAGAGACCUGAUGGUGAAAAUGGAUCCCUCUCAAAGACCCCCAACCAGGAUGCUGAUGUAGGUGGAAUGGAUUCAAAGACGCUGACUUAUAUAAAAACAAAUACAAGAACCCCUCAGAGUCAAAAGAAAGAGCAGACAAGACUUCGGCUUGCCCACUAGAUCAUGAAGUCCACUUCAAUAAAGGAAUCAUUCAGCUAGAAUCAGCCUUUAAAACAGAAAAUAUCCAAGUUUGGACUCUGACUAUGAAGCAGACAGCAUGUAAACUUGAUGUUGAAGUCUGUCGCCGAUAUUUACCUUCAAACAUUUUGGCUUCACAGUUUCAACUUGUUGUGUCAUCCAAACUAUUGCAUACGAUUUAUCAACUGACUUCAUGCAUGUAAUGUCAGCAGUACACCUCAACAAAGUUCAUUCAACUGAAUCAAUGAAACAUAUUUAAACCCCUCAAGUAGCCUAAAACUGCUAUGAUAAGAAUCACCUGCUUCGUUCUAAUACCCUUUACAUCUGUAUUCUAUUCUUGUGUGCAUAUGUUGAAAAUGUAAAUGUCUUACCCUUUUUGUGAUUUUAAGUGGCUAUUCAGGCCAUGAUGUGUCAUUUUGUAGAAAAACAAUUAAUUGAACAUGUCUGCACUAUGUUUGUUCGAUUAGCAUAACUCUACUAAUACUCUUAAGUCCCACUAAAGCAGUACUAUUGUAACCGAAAGAACAUGAUACCUGGACCUCCCUCUUCGCUAUCGUUUAAUUGUUUAUAAUCUUGAUACAAGGUUCUGCCAUAGCUUAAAGAAUAACUGCACUGUUUUUGUAAUUUUACCUAUUAUAUACUGUUCCCAUGCAAAAUGUAACAGCUGGCGUAAAAUCGUUUCCUCAAAGAUUCCUUUAAUGAACAGGCAAUGUGUGUACUUGGCAGGAAUAUUUAUUGAAGAAAAGGUAAAACUGCAAUGAAACAAGAAUCAAUCAUCAAUCAAUCAACCAAAGUUCCCUUAUAUAGCCCUAAAUCACGAGUGUCUCAAAGGGCUGCACAAGUCACAACGACAUCCUCGGCUGAGAUCCCACAUCAGGGCAAGAAAAAACUCAACCCAAUUAGAUGACAUAGCUUAAAGAAUAACUGCAUUGUUUUUGUAAUUUUACCUAUUAUAUACUGUUCCCAUGCAAAAUGUAACAGCUGGCGUGAAAUCGUUUCCUCAAAGAUUCCUUUAAUGAACAGGCAAUGUGUUGUACUUGGCAGGAAUAUUUAUUGAAGAAAAGGUAAAACUGCAAUGAAACAAGAAUCAAUCAUCAAUCAAUCAACCAAAGUUCCCUUAUAUAGCCCUAAAUCACGAGUGUCUCAAAGGGCUGCACAAGCCACAACGACAUCCUCGGCUGAGAUCCCACAUCAGGGCAAGAAAAAACUCAACCCAAUUAGAUGACAUAGCUUAAAGAAUAACUGCACUGUUUUUGUAAUUUUACCUAUUAUAUACUGUUCCCAUGCAAAAUGUAACAGCUGGCGUGAAAUCGUUUCCUCAAAGAUUCCUUUAAUGAACAGGCAAUGUGUUGUACUUGGCAGGAAUAUUUAUUGAAGAAAAGGUAAAACUGCAAUGAAACAAGAAUCAAUCAUCAAUCAAUCAACCAAAGUUCCCUUAUAUAGCUCUAAAUCACGAGUGUCUCAAAGGGCUGCACAAGCCACAACGACAUCCUCGGCUGAGAUCCCACAUCAGGGCAAGAAAAAAACUCAACCCAAUUAGAUGACAAUGAGAAACCUUGGAUGGGACCGCAGAUGUUGGGACCCCGCCCUGGGCGAACGGUGAAAUGGACGUCAAGUGGAUCUAGCACAAAGGUUUGAGAGUCCAGUCCAUAGUGGAUCUAACAUAAUAGUGUGAGAGUCCAUUUUAUAGUGGGGCCAGAAGGAGAUAAUCUUGAGUGGAAACACAGCACAGACACGACCCCGAGUGAUGCACAGAUGAGUGGUCCACCCUGGGUCUCGACUUUGGAUAGCUGGCGCGUCAUUCUGUUGUCACCAAAUCUAUGCCACCUGUCUCCACGAAUAAGAGGGGGGCAGAGCAGAAAAGAAACGACUGAUCAACUGGUCUAAAAGGGGGGUCUAUUCAAAGGCUAGAGCAUACAAAUGAGUUUUAAGAUGGGACUUAAAUGCAUUCCACUGAGGUAGCAUUUCUUACUGUUACCGGGAGGGCAUUCCAGAGUACUGGAGCGCGAGUAGAAAACGCUUUAUAGCACGCAAACUUUUUUUGGGCUCUGGGAAUCUGUCAUGAUCCACUACUUGGAUCAUGGCAUAUUCUGGUUUUGUUCUGUUUGUUAUCACAUUCUGUUUAGUAUUUGUUUUCCUCAGUUCCUGGUGGCACUUCCUGUUUGGUUUCCGUUCCCACAGUAACCCAUUUGUGUCACCUACCGUUUGUCCUUCACGUGCACCUGCUUUUGAUUAUCCCUUCUAUUUACCCUGCCCUUGUUUUUCAUUCGCUCUCGGAUUUUCAUUUGCCUUUUGAUGCAACAGGUGACCUCGCUAUUCCCGCAUUGUGGUAAAGACGUUUGUGUAUUUUAGCUUCCACACUAUUCUGUUGUUUGACCCCAGCUUAUAUACUAGCGCUUUCUGUUGGUUUUGUUUGUAGUGCCUUCGUGCAAGUAUUUUCUGAUCCUAGUCCGUUUUUAUAGUUAAAUAAAUAAUCUUUCUUACCUUCACGCUGUGUCCAUCUCAAACUGCACCCACGAGAGAACAAAAAACACACCACGAUGCCAGCAAAGCGUCACAGGAGAAUCUGAGCAAACGGAAGUUCUCUCGCAGCAGAGAUCGAAGAUUUCGACGAGAUGACGAGGAGUUUAGCCCAAGCGAUGCAGGCUGGGACAUUCCGCGGUGCGCCGGAUGUAGAGGUGAUCUGGGGGCUCGGAGGUCUCCAAGUCCCGCUCGACUCCACUCGGUCCAGCGACGUCAGGUCUCACCCCGCUUGCACGCGUCAGCAAAGGCGGAAGUCGCGGAGAAAGGCUUCGCAGCCAACUGCAACCCAUCCAGGACUCACAGCUUUCAUCUGGUAAUGCUUUUUUUUGUCCCUCUAUUCACUCCUCCGGCUGGCCUGUUAGUCACGGGUACUGCAGUCGUGACGUCACUCCUCCAACGUCUCCGGAGGAUAGUGGAGACAAACUAUUUUUUUAAAAACAUACACUUCCUCAGUCGUCCACAGGGGACUUAAAUGAUACUAUUAGACUCCUUAAGGACAUUUGUUUUCAGUCACAAUAUCAGUCUCUGUUUUCUGAGGUCCCGCCCCCUGUGACUAUUGCUCCUACCCAAUCUACCUCUUUAUGUACCUCCCUCCACCUAUGCCUAGAGGCGUUUUCAGACCACAGGGAACGCGUCUGGCAUCCGCAUCUUGGGGGGGGGGGGGGGGGCUAGUGUUGGUAGCUGUGCUACGCCCAGCCAAGCCUCAACCUCCUCCUAGGCCACCUCCACCGGUAUUCCGGCCUACCAGACUGCUACCUCCUCCUA